UUUCAUUCUCUCCAGCCAUGAGCACAAAUCAGGAUUCCAAUUCCAAACAAACCCUAAUCUUCUCCUACGGCACGCUCAAGCGAGGCUUUUCCAACCAUUAUCUCAUGCGGGAACUGAUAAACAAAAACGUUGCCGUUUUUCUCGGUCCCUACAUCACCCACCAUCCUUACCCGCUUGUCUGCGGUCCUUACGACAUUCCUUAUCUCAUCCACCUCUCAGGGUCAGGCAAUCGAGUCAAGGGCGAGUUGUACUCAGUGUCGACGCAGGGACUCGCUCGACUGGACGAGUUCGAGGGCACGAAGUUUGGUCAUUAUGAUAGGCUCCCAGUUCAAGUCCAGAGUGAAGAGGAUGAGGGUGAGGGUUUGGUGGAGGCAGAAGCGUAUUUUGCGAAUAAGAGUUUUGCAGAGAGAUUGUGGGAGAAGAAAGGGAAAGUGGGGUGGAAUGAAUAUAGUGAGUCAGACGGGAAACAGUAUGUGAAGCCAGGCGAUAGGGCUAAGGAUAGUUGUAUUCUUGAUGAUAUCGAGUUGUUUUUGUCUUCUAUCCAAUAA